AUGUUUCGCUGUGAACAAUCUCACAAAUCGUACCGUCCGUUGACGGUGCUGACCUUCAGAUGGAACUACGCCAUCCACGGGCUGCAGCCGGCAGGCUACCACCUCGUGAACUUGUUGUUACAUGCCCUCGUCUCCCUACUAUAUUACAGGUCGGCAAACGAGCAAAUGGAUUACCUGAUGGAAAGCAAUCAGCGUCGCCCAUGGACACCCGUAACAACGGAGGAGUUACGCGUUGCCGACCUUUUGGGGAUUAGGGAUUUGGAGGUUUUGGGAUUGGGGAGGAAUUGGGAAAGGGUAAGGAUUAUAACCACACCAGAAAGCGGUCACGUGGCAACUCUAAAGUGUGUAAAAGAGCGGGCACACGCGGAACCGGACGCAGCCGUGGGUCGUCCAGUACUAGUAGUUAGCAGUCGUACAGCGUACAAUUAA